AUGUCUGAGAGCGGCGAGAACCCUCCUGGGCCCCAGAGCCCCACCGAUCCCCCCGUCCCGGCCGCGUCUGCCUCAGCAUCUGAGCCGCGGAUCAUUAAAGUCACCGUGAAAACCCCGAAAGAGAAGGAGGAGUUCGCGGUGCCAGAAACAAGCAGCAUCAGGCAGUUUAAGGAAGAAAUCUCCAAGCGCUUCAAGGCUCACUCUGACCAACUUGUGUUGAUAUUUGCUGGAAAAAUCUUAAAAGAUCAAGAUACAUUGACCCAACAUGGAAUUCAUGAUGGACUUACUGUUCACCUUGUCAUCAAGACACAAAACAGAUCACAUGAUAAUUCAGCUCAGCAAACAAGUACUUCAGGGAGUACUGCUACCACAACAACAUCAACCAAUAGUACCUCUACAAAUCCAACAAAUACCACCCCAUUUGGUUUGGGUGGCCUUGGGGGACUUGCAAGUCUGAGUAGUCUAGGUCUAAGUACCUCAAACUUCUCAGAACUACAAAGUCAAAUGCAGCGACAGCUCAUGUCCAAUCCAGAAAUGAUGGUUCAGAUUAUGGAGAAUCCCUUCGUUCAAAGCAUGCUUUCAAAUCCAGACCUAAUGCGACAAUUAAUUAUGGCCAAUCCUCAAAUGCAGCAACUGAUACAGAGAAAUCCAGAAAUCAGUCAUAUGCUCAAUAACCCUGAUAUUAUGCGACAGACUCUGGAACUUGCUAGAAAUCCUGCAAUGAUGCAAGAAAUGAUGAGAAAUCAGGAUCGUGCCUUGAGUAAUCUUGAAAGUAUACCUGGUGGCUAUAAUGCUUUGAGACGAAUGUACACAGAUAUACAGGAGCCAAUGCUGAAUGCAGCACAGGAGCAGUUUGGGGGCAAUCCGUUUGCUUCAUUAGUAAGCAAUUCAUCAGGUGGGGACAGUCAACCAUCUCGCACAGAAAAUCGAGAUCCUUUACCAAAUCCUUGGGCUCCUCAAACAACCACACAGAGCUCUCCAAACAGCAGCAGUAGCAACAGUGGAGAUACUGGAGGAGGCAGUAGUGUUGGAAGCAGCAGCACUGGAAGCACAGGACAGAGCUCAGCAAUGCCAAAUUUGGGACCUGGGCUAGGAGCUGGAAUGUUCAACACACCUGGCAUGCAGAGCUUGUUGCAGCAAAUUACAGAAAAUCCGCAGUUGAUGCAAAACAUGUUGUCUGCGCCUUACAUGAGAAGCAUGAUGCAGUCACUGAGCCAGAAUCCUGAUCUUGCAGCCCAGAUGAUGCUGAACAACCCUUUGUUUGCUGGGAAUCCACAGCUUCAAGAACAAAUGAGACAACAAAUUCCAACUUUCCUUCAACAAAUGCAGAACCCUGAUACUUUAUCUGCAAUGUCAAAUCCCAGAGCAAUGCAGGCCUUGCUACAGAUUCAGCAAGGUUUACAAACUCUAGCAACAGAAGCUCCAGGCCUUAUACCUGGAUUUAAUACUGGUAUAGCUGGACUAGGAAAUUCUGGCUUAGGAAGUGCUGGAUUAGGGAAUACUGCUAUUCCUACCGGAACAACAGUGCCCACUUCAGUUGUAAAUGAAAAUACAAACCCAGCUUCAGGAACUGGUGAAACUGGACACCAACAGUUUGUUCAGCAGAUGUUACAGGCCCUUGCUGGAGCAAAUGCUCAGCAACUACAAAAUCCUGAAGUCAGAUUUCAGCAGCAACUGGAGCAACUCAGCGCAAUGGGCUUCUUGAAUCGUGAAGCCAACUUACAAGCUUUAAUAGCAACAGGAGGUGACAUCAAUGCAGCCAUUGAAAGGCUACUGGGUUCCCAGCCAUCAUAGCAACGUUUCUGAAACUUGACAAAUAUAUGAAGAACUUGUCGGAUGGCAUAAUAAAAUAUAUCAUGGAAAUGCGUGAUAAUUUUAAGCAUAUUCAGAAUGUUUCUAAUCUUCAAACAACAUGCCCGCAUUGAGAUACAUCAAGUAAUGUUUUGCUAAUAAUUCCACCACAAGAGGGCACACUUUAUGUAAGUCUCUAAGUCUGCAAUGCUUUGAACAUAACUUCGGUAGCUAUCUUUGAAAGAGGUGAACAAUCUCAACGUUCUACAGUAACAGAAAGGCAACAUUUCACUUCAAAGCUGUAGCUUUAUGACUACAAGUUGUAAUUUGUAGUCUAUCCUGUGAAUAAUUUGUGAUUCUCCAUCUACCCUGUGAUAUAAUCUUUGUAACAAUUAUUACAGCUGACAAUAUCUGGAACAAAGGGUUAGCGGGGGAAAAGUCAUUUCCUCCCAAUAGCAGGCCACCCGUGGAAUUAAGACCAAAACUUUCUGGUUCUGGUUUACUGGAUUUAUGUGAACAACAAACCAUAAUUGUUGACUUGGCUCAGUUAACAUAGUGUUGCCUUUUCCCUUUUAGCUAUUUCCAUAUAACCUGUUUCCUUUUUUCAAAGCAACAUAUCGUAACUGGUAUUUCCAGUCUCUUUAUCUUCUGUUACUCUAAUUAAAAGUCACAGCCAUGACACUC